AUAGUUUGGUAAUUAAAACCGAUGCCCAUCUACGAAGUCUCUCGUUCAACAAACCUCCGCUGUCGAGAGUCGAGAGAGAAUAAAAAUAAAGAAUAAGCAGAGAGAGAGGAGAAACAGAUAGGAGUUACAGGAUUUGUGAAUUUGCUUUUCAAAAACACUUUAUCAAAACGUUUCCUACUUUUCGCUUCUCGGAUUUUGUUUCGUUUCCGCAAAAUCACGCUGAGAUCAGUUCAUCGCUUAAUCCAUUUUGAUUGCUUGAUCGUUCUUUUGAUCCAACGGAUUCAAUCUUCAUCUUGUGAAAACCAUGGAGGUCCGGCCCAAUCCGGUGGAUGACAACUCCUCAAUUCCGCAGCAGCAUCAGCACCAUGCGCACGCAGCUCCAUCCAAGCAGCUCAAAGCUGCGCCUAACCCCGUCGACACCAGUUCCGUUUCUCAGAGGCUUCAAAAAGAGUUGAUGGCCCUCAUGAUGAGUGGAGGAGAUCUUGGGGUAUCUGCUUUCCCUGAAAGCGAGAGCAUUUUUACCUGGAUUGGCACAAUCAUGGGUGGAAAUGGAACUGUGUAUGAGGGUUUAUCUUAUAAACUUUCAUUACGUUUCCCCCUUGACUACCCUUUCAAGCCACCCCAAGUUAAGUUUGAAACAAUGUGCUUCCAUCCAAAUAUUGAUCAGUUUGGCAACAUUUGUCUUGACAUCCUUCAGGACAAGUGGUCUUCUGCCUAUGAUUGCAAAACCGUUCUUUUAUCCAUUCAAAGUCUAUUGGGAGAGCCCAACAUAGAGAGUCCUCUCAACAGCUAUGCUGCAUCAUUAUGGAACAACCAAGAAGGUUGGGUUCAUUUUUUUUAUCUUCAUCUUUCUCCCAUCCAUUUUAUCUUUCUUCUUUGUAGAAUUUUAAUGAAUGUUAAACCUCGGGCUUCUAUAUUUUAGAAUUAUUUAUGCUAGGUUUUGUUGAAGACUGAACAAAUCAUUGAAUGCAGGGCUCAGAGCUAGAUGAUUUGUAUAUACUAUUGUUUUAUUCCAGUCAACUGAAGAGAGCCAUUUGGGUUUUGCAGAUUACAGAAAGAUGGUCCACAAGCAAUAUUUUGCAGGAGAAGCAUUUGAGAGCUAAGUGCUGAACCUCAAAUUAAAAGAACCAUUUGAGGGCUGAUGUAGAUUUCUCAUCAAAGAUGCCAAAAUGGAAUUUAUGUUAUCACACGGUUUCGUAUAUCUGUAAAGCUCUUUCAAAAGUGUUGGGAACUUUAAAAUAUAGUUUUGUUCCUCCAUGAAUAUGGGAACAGACUUUUUCAAUCUGAUCGCCCAAAAACCUGGGGAAGUUACAUCUCUCUCUUCGAUAAAAUAAUUUGACCAUCAUCUGUUGUAAAUUUGUUUCAAUUGAAGUUGGCUUCUCAUAUGUGACCUGCACUGAUGAUAAAUAUUGGCAUUCUGUA